GUUCGGUUUUUCCUUCUCUUACAGGCAGGAUGGAAGACGCUGCCUUGCAUGUCUCUGAAAUAGGAGAAAGACCCGCUUCCCAGGGGGCCUCAAUGGAAACAAAAGUCAGCCGCUGGCUCUGUGUCUGUGCCUGCCCUUCUUUCCCCAGAUGGAAGGGGAGAGAGAGAGGCACGGAAGACAGGUGCAGCCUGGGGGUGAGGGAGCGCCUGGAGGCGCGGGGUGGGAGACGGAGGUGGUGGGGAAACAGCUUUCCUCCUCCCAGGGGUCAGCAGCGAUUCAUCCACAGGCACCGUUUUCCACUGAAAUGUGAGCACGGACAGGGUGAGCACAGCCCUCGCAGUGGCCGUGGUGCCUCUGGUGUGCGCCUGUGUGUGCUGCUGCCGCUGUCAUCACAGAUGCACCCCAGCUGUCACUCCCCGCUCUGCUCCGGCUUGUUGCUCGCGCACACGCGCGCGCUCUCCUCCCUCGCCCCUUUCUUCCCUCUCUCCUCUCUCUCUCUCUCUCCAUCCCUCUGUUUCCUUCUCAGUUUGUGACUGACCCAGCAGCCCCGUACCCUGUCUGCUGCAAGCCGUCCACCUCCUGGUGCUGUGUGCUGUGUGCCAGCCCCUGCUCCUGCUGAGUGGAGACUCUGGCACCAGUGCCCACUGCGCUCUGCCUGCCGGUGGUGUCUGGAUUUCUCCAGGAAUCCCAGGAGGGUCUCACUGGAGGAUUGAGAGCCACCUGAUUGAAGGCGUUUGUGGUCAGAGUAAAGACGGGUAUAUGGGGACAAAUCAGCUGCUUUCUCAGCUCCAGUGAGAGUGGACCAGGCAAUGCUGUGGGCACUGCAGAGGACCACUCAGAGGAAAGGCGGCAUCUUCCUUUCCUACCUCUGCCUUUCCUGUACCAGUAACCUCCGAGUCUGCUGCAGCAUGAACCCCUGAGCUGAUGAGUCUUAUUAUAGCCCGGCUGGCGGAAGACAGAGUGCUGCUAUUCACCUCUGCGAGAGCGGCGGCAGUGCAGGGGGAAGCGGCAGGCCACCCAGUGGCUCACACCCUACGUGGCUGCAGCUGCCAAGGGCCUGGACCCUGUCUCCCUGGGGCCAUGGACUGACAGGCGGCGCACCCAGGGGCUCCUCUCCCUCCAGAGCGACAGGGCCCGGAGAGCCAUGGGCCUCACCAUGCUGGCACCGGGCAGCAGCCCUGAGCAGAGGGGCAGGCUUGCCCUGCAGCUGAGGCAGGUGUCCUGGAUCACCUGCUGGAUCACCCUGUAUGCAGUGGAGGCCCUCCCCACCUGCCCCUUCUCCUGCAAGUGUGACAGCCGCAGCCUGGAGGUGGACUGCAGUGGUCUAGGCCUCACUGCGGUGCCUCCGGAUGUGCCUGCGGCCACCCGAACCCUCUUGCUCCUGAACAAUAAGCUGAGUGCCCUGCCAAGCUGGGCUUUCGCCAACCUGUCCAGCCUGCAGCGCUUGGACCUGUCCAACAACUUCCUGGACCAGCUGCCCCACUCCGUUUUUGGGGACCUGACCAAUCUGACCGAGCUGCAGCUGCGCAAUAACAGCAUCAGGACCCUGGACAGAGACCUGCUGCGGCACUCCCCAAUGCUCCGCCACCUGGACCUGUCCAUCAACGGCCUGGCCCAGCUGCCCCCUGGCCUUUUUGACGGGCUCCUGGCUCUGCGCUCCCUCUCGCUUCGCUCCAAUCGCCUGCAGAACCUGGACCGGCUGACGUUUGAACCCCUGGCGAACCUGCAGCUGUUGCAGGUGGGGGAUAACCCCUGGGAGUGUGACUGUAACCUGCGUGAUUUCAAACACUGGAUGGAGUGGUUCUCCUACCGAGGGGGGCGCUUGGACCAGCUUGCCUGCACCCUCCCCAAGGAGCUGAGGGGGAAGGACAUGCGCAUGGUCCCCAUGGAGAUGUUCAACUACUGCUCCCAGCUGGAGGACGAGAAUAGCUCAGCUGGGCUGGAUAUUCCUGGGCCACCCUGCACCAAGGCCAGUCCAGAGCCUGCUAAGCCCAAGCCCGGGGCUGAGCCGGAGCCGGAGCCCAGCACAGCCUGCCCCCAGAAGCAGAGGCACCGGCCGGCGAGCGUGAGGCGAGCCAUGGGCACAGUGAUCAUCGCAGGGGUCGUGUGUGGCAUCGUCUGCAUCAUGAUGGUGGUGGCUGCUGCCUACGGCUGCAUCUAUGCCUCCCUCAUGGCCAAGUACCACCGGGAGCUCAAGAAGCGCCAGCCCCUGAUGGGGGACCCUGAGGGUGAGCAUGAGGACCAGAAGCAGAUCUCUUCUGUGGCCUGAGUGCCAAUCCCCACCUGGCCAGGUAGGAAGGGCAGGGAGAGCACACCGCAUUGCUCUGCCAUAGCCCCCACCUUGACAUGGCGCUGGCCACUGCUUCCCCCAGUCCACUCUCCUCCCCACCCUCCAGCAGACAAGCCACAACAGGCUUUCUCCCUGCACUUCCAAGGCUCCCUGGAAGCCACGGUGCUGGGGGCUCCUGCUGAUGCUCCUCUCUGGGCCAGUACAUCUUUGGAACAUCUGGGGGAUCUCCCUAAGCUCUGGCCACAGCAAAGCAAGGAGGUAUGUGCCAGAGGAGGCUUCCAGGCUGGGCGUUCCCCUGUCGUCCUUCCUGCCCGGGGGCGGCCACAGCUGGUGACUUGUCCUACCUUGCUGGUCCCACCUCACCUGCAUUGAGGGGACAGGGAAGGAGGAAUCUGAGGGAUGGGGUAGAUUUCUGAGACUCUCUCCUGAGCCAGAAAGACGUUCUUAACACCCCUGCAGUAAGAAACCUGGUCCAGCUCUACAACUGCUGGCACCAAUGUGCAAACACACCAGUCCUGCCAUCUGGACCCAGCACUCAGAGAAACCAUACACCCCUGGCCGAUGCCAUCAAGCCCCUGGAUCUGCUAUAGGCCACACUGACCACAUGCUCCUGGAUUCACUAGUUCACUCACACACACCCUUUGUGUCACCAGUGCAGUCACAUGGAUUGAAAGAAUACACACACACACACACUCUCUCUCUCUCUCUCUCUCUCUCUCUCUCUCACU